AUGGAUAUUCGACCGGAUGAAGCGGAAUAUUCAUAUCGAAUCGCGGAUCCUCAAUUUUUCUAUGAUGACCAAGGUGUCGAGACCGAAACUUCCUCGGAACAAGUGAGUUUUUGUUUUUUUUUUGAAUACUUGUGUUUAGAAAGUGGUUGAAUUGUCUGUAAAAGAUAUCCUGUCGAGGCACAGUCGAGAAGUUUUUUACUUUAAACGGGAUCGACAUGUACAUUAUAUUCUUAAGCAUCUGGAAACGCUGCCUUCUGGUUAUUCGGUAAGAGUUUCGUACAACUUGUUUCAGGUCUAUAUCGAACUAUUCGAUGCCUUAUUGAACUUCGAUUCUUUUCGAGAGGCCGGGAUUUUAAAUUACUUUAGGGUCAAGAAGCUGGUCGAACAUGGUUUUGUUUCUGGGCAAUCCACUCACUGCGCUUGAUGGGUCAUGAUUUGUCUUCUACGCAGAAGACGAGGUGAGAUUAGAACUCUCACUUCUUAUUGUGCAUCUGUUUAACGGUUGUUCCCCACAAUUUCCAAGUUUUAUGUUAUCCAUGGUCAAUAUCCGAGUUUUAGGUUUAUAAAAUUCCUCGAAGCUUGUCAGCAUCCGUCAGGUGGGUUCGGAGGUGCCCCAGGACAGUACCCUCAUAUGGCUACUACGUAUGCCGCAAUUAUGUCACUUGUUUCCAUCGGCACUGAGGAAGCGCUAGCCAUGAUUGACAGGUAAUCUAAAACAACAUUAUUUUUAUUCUUCUAUUUUUAGAAAAGCUCUUCUCCGCUUUUACUGGUCGCUGAAACAGGUUGACGGAAGUUUUCGGAUGCAUGAAAAUGGAGAGAUUGAUGUCCGAGGUGUCUACUGCAUGGUCGCUUGUUGCUUUGUCCUAGGAUUGAUGAACGAUAAGCUGUUUGAAGGAGUGGCAGGAUGGUUGACAAGGUAGGACAAGUUUUUUGAGUGUUUUGAAGUUUAGAUGUCAAACUUAUGAAGGUGGAUUUGCGGGUUCCCCUGAUUGUGAAGCUCAUGGCGGAUAUACUUUAUGCGGAGCUGCAGCGCUGGUUUUAAUGGAUAAAGCGCAUUUGAUUGACGCUCAAGCAUUGGUUAGGUGGUGUGCUAUGCGGCAAAUGCCUUACGAAGGGGGAUUUCAGGUAAGAAGGGUGAUUUUUUAUGAAGAUAAGAUAGGUAUGGUAUAGUAUAAUUUUUUUAAUUUUAUGUUCGAUCUUGAGAUUAAAAUGGAGCCGUAGGGCGUAUAACGGCUGUUAGUUGUUAUGCAAAGUAUAGAGCGAAGAAUUACAUUCUUUUCUGAGGAUUUUCGCGUGAAUUUUGCCUAGUGUAAUAUAACUUUUUGUUCAAACCCGGGAUUUUUACUGUCUAAAUUUCUUCAUCUACCUUUUCUUGAUUUUAUUUCCAAUUAUUCUUUAUCUUUAGGGCCGAGCAGGCAAAUUGGUCGACGUAUGUUACAGCUAUUGGGUAGGCGCAGCAGCUGUUAUUGCCCAAAAUUGUUUGGUUCCCCCACCUCAAACUUUGGUUGCCUUUAACCCAAAAGGACUGGAAGAGUAUAUCCUAUUUGUUUCCCAAUGUGUUUCUGGCGGGUUCAAGGAUAAACCAACAAAACCAUCGGAUUUAUAUCAUACAUGUUAUGCAUUGAGUGGAUUGUCGUUAGCUCAACAUGGCCAAGGGCUCAGUGAUAAUUAUGAUGAGAAAUUGGUAAGAAAUUCUUGCUAUGGCUUAUGAAACUGUUUGAGGUUAUCUAUGGGUAUUAUUUUAUAUAAAUUUACCUUACUUUAGGCCAAAACAAACGUCCUGCUCAACGUUUGCGAGGACCAAUUCAAUUUUGCGUUGGACUACUUUACUCAGAAUCCAAUCUGA